GACUUUUCGCCGCCUCCCACAACGUCUCUUCAACCCAGCGCUUCCUGUACAUCAAUUAAAUUGCAUCCACAACCCGCCCGCGCCAUCUCGAACCAGCACACGGCCUCUUGGACCCAUCCCGUAAGUACUCCACUGCAGGCCUUCCUCCGCCGGCCGCCUCCUCCCUGCACCCUCCCGCGAGCGCCCUACGCCACGAUAUCAGGCCCGUCGGCCUCGAUUUCGCAUCAGGCGCUCGCCGUCUCUAGCGCCAAUACGAAGUCCAGCUGCGCUCCCACAAUGCAGCCCACCAAGCUCACCUGACCCCUUUCUGACGCUUCUGCCGCCGCAGGUUCGAGAGCCUACACUCACCGCUUCCCGCGCGCUCGGCCACCUCCACACCUCCCAACACAAGCAGCCCCCACCGCAACCAUGGGUCUCACAUUCUCAAAGCUGUUCGACAAGCUAUGGGGAAAGAAGGAGAUGCGCAUUCUGAUGGUCGGUCUCGACGCGGCAGGAAAGACCACGAUUCUGUAUAAGCUCAAGCUCGGCGAAAUCGUCACCACUAUUCCGACUAUCGGCUUCAACGUCGAGACAGUCGAGUACAAGAACAUCCAGUUCACCGUGUGGGAUGUCGGAGGCCAGGACAAGAUCCGACCUCUCUGGAGGCAUUACUUCCAGAACACCCAGGGCAUCAUCUUCGUCGUCGACAGCAACGAUCGCGAUCGUAUCGUCGAGGCCCGCGAGGAACUGCAGCGAAUGCUGAACGAGGACGAGUUGCGGGACGCUCUCCUCCUGGUCUUCGCCAACAAGCAGGAUCUGCCUAAUGCCAUGAACGCCGCCGAAAUCACCGACAAGCUCGGUCUCCACAGCCUCCGACAACGCGCUUGGUACAUCCAGUCCACCUGCGCCACGAGUGGAGACGGUCUGUACGAGGGUCUCGAAUGGUUGAGCAACUCGCUCCGCAAGGCGGGUCACAACUAAGCGUAUGCCCCACACGUCGUUACGCGACUGCCCGUCAACGUCUGCUAUCAUAGCUCAGACGACCAAUCUCUCUCCAACCCCGACCCUUCCUCCCUCAGUUACAGUUCACGGAUCCUCUACAAAUGUGUGUGCUUACGGGUGUGCGUCUUCGAAAUGGAUGGUGGUGGAGCGGACACAUUUCUUUUUUCACCAACGGAGUUUGUGAACUGCUAUGACCGCUACAUCGACAAUGUCUCACGGAUUGUUUUGGUGGUUCAAACGGAAACAGUCUCUCUGGUUACUUUACAGUGCUACUAUCCAAUUUGAGCCUCUUUUUACUAUAGACGCCUUGUGCGGCUGCUAUGUCUUCGCCUCGCGUACGCAUUCCAAACAUUACCACAGUACAAUUGGCGUGCAAAAAACACCUACCUUAUU